UAAUCGAAAAUCCACCUUUUGAGAUUACAGAAACUGGAUGGGGUGAAUUUGAGCUUUCAAUAAAACUUCAAUUUAUCGAAGGUAGUGAAAAACCUGUUACCCUUUAUCACAAUCUUCGUCUUCAUUCUUAUGAAGACGAUGGCUCAAUUUCAACUUCAAGCAAGAAUAAACCGGUUCAAAGUUUUCAAUACGAUGAGCUCGUGUUCACUGAUCCACCGGAAACUUUAUAUCAAAUUUUGACAAUGCAUCCAAUUCCAACUCUUCCAGCCAAACCAUCACCCAAUAUACUAUACAGCUUACAAGCAGAGCAAGAAGAACUUCGUAAGAUUGAUGAAGCUUACAGAAAAGUUCAAGAGCAAAUGACUUUAUAUAAAAACAGAAAUGAUAAAAUAACAAAGGAAUUAGAAGAAGUUAAAACAGAGUUAGAACAGACGAAUAGGACCUUUUAUAAAACUGUUAUAAUAGUAAUCGAAAAUCCACCUUUUGAGAUUACAGAAACUGGAUGGG